AUGUUCUUCCCCGACCAGCGGUUGCGCAGUUUCUGCAGCGCAGUAUAUUAUUUUAAUGGGGCUAUAUCAACGCUACUCUUUGGAUUGGUGAUCUACGCUAUGUACUCCGUCAAGGCGCUCGUCAUGAAGAAGUACAGAAAGGUGCAGCUGAUGAUAGCGAUUUCCGGGGAGCGCUACACGAGCAGCCAAAGAACCCACCAAAUGCAACGACACUUGCUGCACGUGCUUGCCUUGCAGGCCCUAUUUACUGCUCUUUGUAUCGUGGUCCCGAUGACACUAUUGACAUAUUCGUUUGCUGGGAUGAGUUUUAUCCCGGAUUUUAUUGGUGGUGUGGGCCCGAUUUUGAUCAGCUCUCACUCGGCCGUGAAUUCGUUAAUUCUUUUGACGACGAUAAAAGUGUAUCGACGACAGGUGAUCCUACUGGUGAAGCGGAUUUUUGAGGGUAAUAAACGAACUCAAGGAUUACAGAAGUUAUUCAGAAGGAUCUUGAUCUUACAGUCCGGAAGUGCCGCUAUUCUAAUCAUCGUACCUUAUUCUAUAAUGAUUAUGUCAAAUAUAGGAAUACCAUUUCCGGAUAUAAUUGGAGCUCUUUCUCCAACGACUACUGGCUUCAACUCUCUUGUUAACAGUCUGAUCGUGAUGGUGGCUUUUCGACAUCACCGAAUUCGAGACGGCAAAAAAUCGCUGACACCGCUGUAUGGAGACACAGAAGACCGCGUGAAAAUGCGUGCGUUGACGGUGAAAUCCGCCGAGGUGACAACUGCUCAAAAGUCGGGGUCCGUG